CAUUGAGUGACUAGAAUGGAGGAGAGGAUAUAGAUCCUGCUUGAUAUUGAUAAUCGCCGUCAAGAUGGUCGUAAUACAACGCUUUGGGGCUGAUGCCAACCCAGACUAUCCCAAAAACUCACCUCCUCGUCCGACACCCGUCUCCAGCGCGACUCCCACUCCCACCGACAUCAUCGCUAGCAUCACCACAAGCACAGCAUCUCCAACAUCAUCUAGCACAUCAGGUGGAUUCUUGCACAUCGCCUCAGAUGGCAACAGCGGAGACAAGAUCCUCCGCGGAUUCCUCAUUGGAAUGGCCGUUGGCAUUAUACUGAGCUUCGUGCUGUGCUGCUGGCUGCCGUGCUGCAGGAAGAAGCGGCGGUCGCGGCUGCAGAGGCGCAACGAUAAUAUCCGGCGGCGGCUUGUUGUUCUCGAGGACGAGGCGUGGGUGAACCAGAAUUGGCCGCAGAGGAGGCCGUGGGAUGUUGGUGAGGAUGAGGGCCAAAGCCAUGUGAGCCACGACUAAUACGAACGAUGCUUGGCGAACGAACAAGUAUUGGAUGAUGAUGACGACGAUAAUAUCUGGUUAUUACGGAAUCUUUUGGGAGCAAAUUGCAGGGAAUUGGAAUGAAUAUGGUAUGUAAUGGGAGUUUGAGGUGUUUUGGUUUAUUGGUAAUACUAUCGGUAUCUGCUUGUCUGCUUCUACGUGGUUUGGCAAUGCAAGGCGGUUUUCAGGGACGGAAAUAAUAUCAGUCGUCAGCUAGUGACGAGACACAAGGAUACAAGCGGAGAUAAUCUGGAUGGCUUACGAAUAGAAAUUCUAUUAAUUGAUCAAUCAGCG